CGGGCACCUCUCACCGACGGGGUACGGACGACAACAUGGCGGCUUCCUUGCGUCUGGGUCGUCGGGCGAUUUUAUUCGGCCUCAGAUUAUCACACUUUAACAAAUGUGCGCGGGCAACGAACCCGUGGCUGGAGCAAGUCAGGCGUUUCUUUCCGUCACCAUGGCUCCUCGGUGUCACCCCAGUAAAAGUAGAAAUGCCUGCUCUCUCCCCCACCAUGGAGGAGGGAAACAUAGUCAAAUGGCUGAAGAAGGAAGGUGAGGCGGUGUCAGCGGGCGAUGCCCUUUGUGAGAUUGAGACCGACAAGGCUGUUGUUACCUUGGAGUCUAAUGAUGAUGGCGUCUUGGCAAAGAUCUUGAUGGAGGAGGGGAGUCGCAACGUGCGCCUGGGCACUCUCAUUGCCCUCAUGGUGGAGGAAGGGCAGGACUGGAAGCAGGCUGAGAUCCCCCCUCCAGAUGCCGCGGCUCCAUCCGCAGCUCCACCUGCUAAACAUGCAGCCGCUGCCCCAGUUGUGCCCCCUGCAGCCCCCUCUCCACCGACACCAGCCACGUCAGGACCCUUACGUCUCAGUCCAGCAGCAAGAAACAUCCUGGACACCCACGGUUUAGACCCAAAACUGGCCACACCCACUGGACCGAGAGGACUUAUCACCAAGGAAGAUGCAUUGAAUCUUUUGAAGACGUCUCCUGCCCCCAAAGCAACCCCAGCGAUGGCGGCCCCAGCGGCCCCGAGUCCUGUUCCCACCCCGGCAGCUACCCCUCCGCCCCCAGGCAGCAGACCCAACAUACCUCCUCUCUCUGUUCCAGGGAAGCCAGGAGCACCAGGCACGUUCACAGAGAUCCCAGCCACAAAUGUGCGCCGCGUGAUCGCUCAAAGGCUGACACAAUCAAAGACCACCAUCCCCCAUGCUUACGCCUCCGUUGACUGCGACAUGGCUGCCAUCAUACAGCUCCGCAAAGACUUGGCAAAAGAACAGAUCAAAGUGUCUGUUAAUGAUUUCAUUAUCAAGGCUGCUGCUGUCACACUCAAAGAGAUGCCAGAAGUAAACGUGACCUGGUCCGGCGAUGGACCCCGUGCACUUGAUUCGAUCCACAUUUCAAUCGCCGUGGCGACUGACAAAGGCCUCAUUACCCCCAUCAUCAAGGAUGCUGCCAACAAAGGAGUCCAGGAGAUCUCAGCUAACGCUAAGGCAUUGGCCCAGAAGGCUCGGGAUGGAAAACUUCUUCCUGAAGAGUACCAGGGAGGCUCAUUCAGUAUAUCGAACCUCGGGAUGUUCGGUAUCAGCGGCUUCAGCGCUGUGAUCAACCCUCCCCAGGCGUGUAUCCUCGCCGUCGGGACCUCCAGGGCCGAGCUGCGACUGCGCCAGGAUGACCAGACCCUGCACACCCAUCAGCUCAUGACAGUGACACUGUCCAGCGAUGGACGGCUAGUGGAUGAUGAAGUAGCCUCGCGGUUUCUUGACAAAUUCCGUGCCAACCUAGAACAACCGCGACGCAUGGCCCUGGCCUGAAAACACAACAAAGAGAUAUAGUAGCUCUAUGAAAGUUGUUGGAAAGACAAAGCAAGGAACACCUGCUAAUUCCCAUUGGGUUGAGGCUUACAAAGUAGUCUUGUACAUAGUGUAAACUUCAGUUUGUCACUUUCGUCUCCCACAUAAUAACCGAGCUUUGUGAUGCAGAAAUAAAAACUGGGCCUCUGUGACAAAGGAUCGUAGCGGUGGUGCCAAAUAUUACCGAGACAGAACUGACAAGGCAAGGUGCUCACGUACAGCGUAACAGCGAUGGCUCCUCUAUCACACCAGUGUUGUAUAUAUAAAGUGGUUAUUCUAGGUUGUGUUUUUCAGCACCGGUGCAUCUAUUCUGUGUCAACACACGCACAAUAGAACGUGGGACUGUAAAAACCAUCUAUGUACAUUUGUCAGAGAUAUUUAUUACGCAACAUCAUUGGCAGUGCUGUGUAGUAUGAGGGUCAACUUGCAUCGUAAACCAUUUCCCAUUGUUACAGAAUUAAAACAAAAUUUAAGAACUCGUUCAUGUUAAUAUGUUAUAACUUAUUUAAAAACCGAUGCUGUGACAUCUCUGAAAACGAAUCUAUCAAAGUCCAUGUGUAUACAAACUAAAUUCAAUCAUUUAUGUUUUGGUGUCCUGAGAUGCCAAUAAAACACACUGUUCAAG